GUGACGGGCCAGCACCCUUGAGUGCGCUUCCUUUUCGUGCCAGCGGAAUGGGUCUUGUUUCCACUGGUCUUUAUGCGGAACUUUAAUUUCACUGUGUUUCUGUCUCCACAGUCCCCUCUACUCUCCCUUUGCUCCACUACUACUUCUCUCCUAAGCAAGAAACGCUCCAUAACCAUUCCCAGAUAAUACGAGUACGUCACAUCCGAGAGCGGCAAAUACACGGGAUGGAUAGCAAAGACGACGGCCAAGUUCCCAAGCCUACCGAAGCUUUACGGCAUGCCGCAGCCGGAGAGGAGCCGGAGCUGGUAGUCCAUUCGCAGCGUCCCGGGGAGCCCGACUGCUCCUACUAUCUCAAAUUCGGCAGGUGCAGGUACGGGUCCAAAUGCAUGUUCAACCACCCUCCCAAGCAUUGGGCAGGGCAAUGGCAGCGACACGCCAUUGCCGCCGGCGAAAAGCAGGGGCAGCAGGCUGCAGAGUACCCGCGGCGGCCCGGGGAACCUGACUGCUCCCAUUACGUCAAGUUCGGGAGCUGCAAGUUCGAGAUGAACUGCAGGUUCAACCAUCCUUCCCGCAAGCAAGUGUAUUUUCCUGCAGGAGCAUGCAAGUGCAACCACCACGAAAUUGAAGAAGUGAGACUCAACUCCCUUGGCCUUCCACUUCGUCCAGGGACAGGACUGUGUUCAUACUAUAUGCAAAAGGGAGUCUGCAAGUUCGGCUCUAACUGCAAAUUUCACCACCCAAAUCGUUCAGAAUCAGAGCAGGAGAAAUUGAAUGCGGAUUCUGAAGGGUCCUCUCAACAGAAUUUUUACUCUAUACUAGGAGAUAUUAUUAAACCUCACCCAGAUCUUUCCCCCCGACAUGCACCGCCUCCCCUCGACCUCCCCGUUCCAUCAUAUCUACUACAACAAUCGUCCAAGGGGAAGGAGGACGAAAGCUUUUCCCUUACCCAACCUCGUCAAGUCUAUUCGUGUCCAGAACAGAGUGGGUAUCAGCAGCUUGCAGAUUCGCAUUUUGAGCCUGCUAAGCAAGUCCGUUACACUAGGGAUCAACUUCUUCAGCGGCGCGAGAAGACUCAACAGCUUGUUGAUGUAUCUAAGGACAUAUUGGAACUCAAGCAAUGCAUUGAAAUGGAACUUCAUGGUGAAGAUUAUAGCUGGCCUAACAAUGACUCGAAUGUACAUACUCUGUCGUACCAUCGAUAUGAUUUGGCAGACAGGCGUGAACGCCAUCCACGAUCAACUGCAAAAAUUCCUGAGGUUGCAAGUGAAGAGAAAUAUUGGGACAACAUUGAUGAAGAAAAAGAAUCGUACGGUACAAGCGGGAAGCAAGAGCAAUUCUGCAAGCACGACCAAUUACGCUGUUUCGAGUUUGACUCUAAACCUCAGGUUGGUGUGCUGAUUGGAAAAGCUGGCGAAACAAUCAGGAACUUGCAAACGAGCUCGGGUGCAAAGGUCCAAAUCACCAAGGAUGUCGAUGCUGAUUCGAAUGCUCUGACCCGGUCGGUUGAACUAGUUGGAACCCUUGCAAGUGUUGAUAAAGCCGAGCAGCUUAUUAAGAGUGUUAUAGCUGAGGCUGAGGCUGGCGGUUCCCCUGCUUUAAUAGCUACAGGCUUUGGAAGUGGGCAGUCAGGAUCCGAGCAGUUUGAGAUGACAGUUCCUGAUAACACGGUUGGCCUGAUUAUCGGAAAAGGUGGCGAGACAAUUAAAGGCCUGCAAACAAGAUCUGGUGCUCGUAUUCAGUUAAUACCCCAACAUCCUCCAGAGGAUGUUACAUUGACUGAAAGAACUGUACGUGUAACUGGGAAUAAGAAACAGAUUGAAGAUGCAAAGGAUUUGAUCAAGCAAGCUAUGAAUCAGAAUUUCUCAAAGCAUGCGAACCAAUCUGGUGGAUAUGGUCUGCAAGGUUCCCGCCCUCAGGGUCAUGGUGCAGCUUCGCAGUGGGGGCCACGUUCUCAAAGUCAGCCUGGCUAUGGGUACCCACCACGAGGUAUGCCUCCACCUCAGAACUACAACCCACCCUACGGUGGUUACCCACAGCAGGGACCACCAAGAGGCGGCAUGGGCUGGGACCAAAGGCAGGGCCCUCCGCCCCAUCCUUCAUAUCAGGGUGGUGGUUCUGACUACUACAAGCAGGGAUCUCAACCGUACGAUAGCCAGCCACCAAACUACCCUCCUGGACCAGGGAAGUUCAACAGUUAUGGGCAAUCUCAGGCUCCUGGCUAUGGACAACCUCCGUAUCCGCAACAUGCACCUCAACAGAACUAUGGCCAUGGGUAUGGUGAUCCUAGAUACAAUGCUCCGCCUCCAAACCAGUACUAUGGGCAGCCACCAAUGGCCCCCCAGCAAGGCUAUCCUCAACAGGCAGAUCCUUAUGCUAGGCCUCCGUACAGUGGACCGGGACAAUGGGCGCCUAGAGGUCCUCCGGCUGCAGAUGGUUCCUACCAGGCACCACCGCCUGCAUCUUAUGGGCCACCCUCCCAGCAACCUCCUGCUUAUGGCCAAACAUAUGGCACUGCAACUGCACCUCAUGGGUAUGCUCCACAGCAGAGUGGGCAAGCACCAGCUCCAUAUGGCCAGAAUGCACCAGCAGCACCAGGCUAUCCUCAGCAAGGUGGCUAUGCACAGUACCCGCAAACCCAACCAGCAUAUGGCGAUCAAGCAGCUCAAGCCAAUGCGAACUAUGGCUACCAGGGAGCUCCAGCAGAUCCCAAUUAUGGAAGUGCCUACUCACAAUCAGGAUAUGGACCUCCUGCUCCGGCAGCUGGUCAGCCUGAUUAUGCUUCUGCGCCAGCAGCUGGCCAGCCUGCAGCAUAUGGCCAAGCAGGAUACACCCAACCACCUACAAACCCUCCAAGUUAUGAUCAGUCUGCAGCAGCACCAGCUCAAAGCGGAUAUGCUGCGCCUGCUGCAAAUCCACAGCCUGCUCCAGCAAAGGGGGUGUCGCCACAGCCUGCUGCUGGAUACGCCGGUGGGCAGUGGACAGCAUGAGCCUCUCUCAAACUUCACUGACAGCAGAUCACCUAUUCCAAUGUUUGGAUCUUUUGGAUGUUUCUGGGGAUGCAAUGGGUAGUGGACUUUUGUAAUCUGAAUGAGAUUGUAACCCUCCAAGUUGUAACACUUGCAUCGCUGUAGUACCUACUCUACUAGUAGUCUGGUUAAGGUGACAUUGAACAUCCUAUUCAGUUUAAGAGAACCAAUGUUUUAUUAUUUCGUA